AUGAGUUACGGAGAUUCCAUUGAAAAAAUCAAGAAGAUCCAGAUAAAGAUUCUGGAUAAGGUUGAUUUUGAUAAGUGUCUACCGACUAUAUUGGGACUUGAGUAUGCUGGAUUGGACCUUGAGAAACUUGCUGAAGUGGUUGUAGGCUCAUCUAUGCCCCAUGCGGAUGCCUUAAGUCGCACUGAAGCAGUGGGUGCUAUAAGCGAGAUUGAUCUUGACUUCCAACUCCAGAUAGUUCAGGCUCGCGAUCCAACCAUUGAGUCCUUUAAGCGGAAAUUGGAACAAAGAGAAGUCGAUGGCUUUCUGCUACGAGAUGGACUGGUCUACCAUUCACACAACAUCUCCUAUGUUCUCAACGCUAUGGGAUCUCCACAAGCCAAUGGUCAGGUUGAGCGCGUGAAUCGGUAUCUAAGUGAGAGGGUUGACCCCAUAGCUAGGGAUUUCGAGGCCAUGCGGGCCAGAGCGUUAGAAAACAUAGAGGACUCCCAAUUGCGUAACGAAGAAUACUUCCAUAGGAAACACAAAUCACCAUGUAGCUAUGAAGAAGGUGACCUUGUCGCCGUCCGUUAUGUUGAUACUACCGAUAGCGGUAAUAAGAAGCUUCAACCUAAGUACAGGGGACCCUAUGUGGUCCAUAAAAUCUUGCCUCAUGAUCGGUACGUGAUACGGGACGUGGAAGAGUGCCAGCUCACCCAGCUACCCUACGACGGGGUAUUAGAAGUUAAUAAGCUAAGGCCCUGGACUAGCUAA